GCUUGGAUACAAACAGGGAUGGAGCUCCUGCUCUUUGUGUGAUCCAUCGCUCUUGGGACCCAGAUGGCUAAUGUUAAAGUCAUCGUGCAUGAGGAUCCAGAUCUGGGCUUUGGUCCAGAUGAGGAUGACUCUGAGUCUGAUUCUCGGGAUGAUUCAGACUCCGGGAGCAUACUCUCGGAUGACUCUGUCCUCCCUGACUAUAAGCUGGAGGACAAUAUGGAGGGCACGGUCAACACUCUGUAUCAGGCAUGUGCAAAGAACCACACCUCGUCCCUGUGCAAAAUGCUGGAGCAGGGCGUGACUCAGGAACAAGUCAUGGAGCUGGACAUCAACGGCAGGAAUGGCCUUAUGCUGGCAGUUUCCAAAGGCUUCGUAGAUAUCGUGUAUGGCCUGAAUGGGUGUCCGUUUUUAGAUAUUAAUCAUCAAGAUAAUGAUGGAAACACAGCACUCAUGAUUGCAGCACAAGCUGGUUUUGUCACUAUCCUAACCUACAUUCUGAACUACUAUUCUGGUGUGGACAUUGAGCUCAGAGACCACAGAGGCUUCACUGCUCUCAUUAAAGCAGCCUUACAGGGCAACAACGACUGUGUGGCCUCGCUGCUCAUGGCUGGUGCAGACAUAAAUUCAGUAGAUGCCACACAGAGGAAGGAUGUAAGAGAAUGGGCACUAAAAACAGGACACUUUGAAACGUUUAUGCGGCUGACACAACUGUCCAGCCGGCCCCGCGCAGAGCAGUUCUGUGAAACCUACGUCCCAGAGUGGCCAAGUCUUAAAGAGCUGGUGAGAAAAGCCACAACCACAAAAAGUGCAGGGCAGAAGGUCGCCCAUCGUUUGAAGGCCACAUUCACUUUCAGUUUUCCACAAGAUCCUCAGGAAAAUGGCGUCCUGGAUCACAUGGUGCGUAUCACCACAAGCAUCCACAGUCCCCUGGUGGUCACAGGCUGCCGUCCACUCUGUCCCAUGAGCCCACCAGAGAUGGGCAAGAGGCAUUUAGCCAUGCCCAGACCGAUGCAGCAGAAUCCAGACCAUAAGCUCAAAAACCACAGCAAUGGCUCCAUCUUCUCAGCCUCCUCCACCAUCAGCGCUGGAUCAUCUGUGUCUCAGGCCUCAUGCUACUCAGACACAGAGCAUAAGAGCAGCAUGUUCUCCAGGGCCUCCAGCAGGAUACGCAGGCUGGUCCCACAUAGCAUAGCAUGCCACAACAGCAUCUUCCCCACCAGCUGCAUCCCUCAAAUCAAAGUGACCAAGUCAGCUGAUCCAACCCCCAAGAAGGAGAAGAAAAGGAAGAUGACGAAAGGUUACCUGGAGCCACCUGUCUGGAAGUACAAGGAGGCAAAAAUGGAAAAGAAAAAAGAGAAGCAACAGAAGGAGAAGGAGAAGGCUUGUAAGACGAAUACGGAAAAAUCGGCCAAGAAAAAGUCAAAAAAAUGAUAAAGAGCUUCCACACGCACAUAUCUAGAGGUUUAGUUCCCAUAAUAUGUGAAGCUAAAAAUCUAAUGGGACAGACAGUGGCUCUGUGAAAUGUAACUUCUUUUUUUUAUUCUUAUUGCUGUGAAGUAAGGCUGCCAGAUGUUUGUAUCAGUUUAUUCUCAAAAUAGCCAUGAGAAAGAAACCUUUAUUACAUUAAAAAUGGCAGCUCGGAGAUACGGGUUUAUCGUGAAUGUUAUUUCAGCUUAUGAGUAAAUCAGUUACAAAUCUACUCCUAUUUAUUUUUAAUGUUAUUAUGUCUAAUGUUUCAAAUAAGUGGUAACAUUACAGUUAGUGUUUCUCCUUUUUGCACUUGGAGCAUUUUUAUUGACGUUACUGUUUAGAAAUAUAUAACGUGGUCUUGGGCAUAAAUAUCUUCUUCUUCUUUUUUUGGAAACAGAUGCAUAAAUGUACUGCCCUUUCUGUAAGAUGCUCUCGAUAAGAAGCCCU